UCCAAACGCAGCCUUAGGCGCAUAUUGAUGUAUGAACAUUUCAAAGUCAAACUCGUUCCUUCAUUCCUUUGUAAACCUUCACAAGUUAGAUCAUAGUUCCCGCAAAGAAGAACCAAGUACUGCAAAUAUAAUUUUUCUGAGGUUUUGGCAUCUUGAUUACUGAUGGAUUUCGUGGCUUCCACACUUGGUACAGUAUUAGUGGAAACUGGUCGUCUCCUCUGCGGCUCUAUUUCCUCUGAUAUUAGUAGUUGUAUUAGAUUUAGAUCUAAGUGCAACAAUUUGGAGAAAGAGAUGCAGAAUCUAAUUUCUCUGAGGGAUGAUUUGAAUCAAGAACUUGAAACAGCUUUCAAGGAUGGGAAAUUACCAACUAGUCAGGUUAAAGAAUGGCUUCAGCAAGUAGAAGAGGUGAUGCUUCAAAUGAAUUUGAUACAUGAAGGAAUGAUAGCCAACAACAACAGCAAAAGAAAAUUUUGUGGAUGGUUCUUGAAUUACAGGCAGCGGUGCAGACUGGGCAAGAAAAUGGUAAGAGCUCUCAACGACAUAGAAAGACUUAACAAAGCUACGAAUUUUCCACGAGGCAUGGUAGCCAAGAAUCACCCAGCACCCACAGUCGAGCAUAUCCCUGGACCUUUAAUUGAAGAUCAAACAACAGCAACUAAAACUUUGGCCCAACUUAUGGAACUGUUAAACGAUGAUGAGGUUAGAAGGAUUGGUGUUUGGGGGAUGGGAGGUGUUGGCAAAACUACUCUUGUUAAGAGCUUGAACAAUAAGCUCAGGGCAGCUUCGAUGCAGCCUUUCAGUGUGGUGAUAUGGGCAACAGUCUCUAGAAACUUCAACUUGAGAAGGGUCCAAACACAAAUAGCUGAGAGAUUGAAUAUGGUGGUCAAAUCAGAUGAAAGCGUGGAGGGGUUAGCUAUACGCCUGCAUCAGAGACUUGAGAAGGAAAAGAACUUCCUAGUGAUUCUAGAUGAUGUGUGGGAGGAAAUUGAUUUGGACCAUUUAGGAAUCCCCCAGCUUGAAGUUCACACAGGUUCUAAGAUCAUCUUGACGUCUCGAUUGCUUGAUGUCUUAAGGGGGAUGAAGACUGACAGAGCAAUUAAAGUAGAUAAGCUUAAUGAUGAAGAAGCUUGGGAAUUGUUCAGUCGAAAUGCAGGGGAAGUGGUGUGUUUGGAACAUAUCAGACCACUUGCCGAAUCAAUUGCCAAAGAAUGUAGUGGGUUACCUUUAGCGAUCAUCACCAUGGGGAAGGCUAUGAGGGGAAAGAAAAUGGUAAAGCUGUGGAAACAUGCUUUGAGCAAGUUACAAAAAUCAGUGCCUUUUGUAAGUGGCAUUGAAGAGAAGGUUUAUAACAUCUUGAAGUGGAGUUAUGACACGUUAGAAGGUAGCAAUAUAAAAUCAUGUUUCCUUUAUUGUUCUUUGUUUCCUGAGGAUUUCUCUAUUGAAGCAAGUGAACUGGUACAAUGUUGGUUGGCAGAAGGAUUGAUAGACGAACAACAAAGCUAUGAAGAUUUAGUUAUCAGUGGAAUUUCUUUGCUAGAGAAUUUGAAAGACUCUUGUUUGUUGGAAGAUGGUGCUCGCAAAGGAACCGUGAAGAUGCACGAUGUAGUUCGAGAUGUAGCUAAGUGGAUAGCGUGGUCUUUGGAGGAUGGAUGUAAAUCACUUGUUCAAUCAGGGAAAGAAUUGAGUGAGAUUUCGGAGGCUGAGUUUUUAAAUUCCCUUAAAAGAGUUUCUUUCAUGAAUAACAAGAUAAGAACAUUGCCUAAUUGUGCCACACAAUGCUCAGAGGCUUCAACUUUACUACUGCAGGGUAAUCCCCUUGAGGCAGUUCCUGAGAGAUUCUUGCAAGGCUUUCAAGCACUAAGGGUCUUGAACUUGAGUGGAACUCGCCUCCUUUCGUUGCCUCUUUCCCUUCUUCAACUUAAUGACUUGCGUGUUUUGCUUUUGAAGGAGUGCUAUUACUUAGAAGAAUUACCCUCAUUGGACAGGUUGAGUAAACUUCAAGUGCUUGAUCUCUGUGCCACUCGUAUCAGAGAAUUGCCAAGAGGGAUAGAACAGCUGAGCCAAUUAAGACAAGUAAACCUCUCCCGCACUCACUGUUUAAAGAACAUUCCUGCUGGAACUAUAUCAAGGUUGUCUGCUUUAGAGGUUCUGGAUAUGACGCUUAGCGAUUACCAUUGGGAUGUCAGAGAACAGUUAAAAGAGGGGGAAGCAACUUUUGAAGAACUGAUGAACUUGCAAAAGCUAGUAGUUUUGUCUGUAAGAUUGAAGUGCAUCCCAUCACUUGGUAUAGAAGUUCCAUGGAUUGAUAGAUUAAGAAGAUUUCAGUUUUUCAUUGGUGAGCAAGCCAACUCCUUACCAACAAGGCAUGCCAAAAGGAGAGUGACCAUCAGUGGUCUAAAUCUAUCAGAGGAAUGGAUUGGUGGGUUGUUGAGCAACGUAAAGUCUCUCGUCCUGAAUCAUUGUUGGGGACUAAAUCAAAUGCUUGAGACAUUGACCAUCGACAGCACUAGUAGCUUCAUCGGUUUGAAAUCUCUAACUAUUUCAAAUUCCAACAGCAGCUUACGGCCAGCAGGAGGAUGUGCUGCUCAUUAUGAUAUGCUGCCAAAUUUAGAGGAACUAUAUCUUGAUCGUCUGACUUAUCUAGAAAGCAUUUCAGAAUUAGUUGGUCAUCUCGGACUGAGAUUUUCUAGAUUGAAAAUAGUGGAAGUUGCAAGGUGUCCUCGGUUGACAGAUCUUCUCCCUUAUGGUAGUUUCAUUCUAGCCCUACCAAGCCUGGAAGAAAUCAAGGUAAGUUUCUGUGACAAGCUAGAAGAGUUAUUUAGGUAUUGCUCAGGACACAAUUCUACUCCAGAACCAGUUGUUCCAAGCCUACGAAUAAUGGAGUUGAAGAACCUACCCAAGUUGAGGACUCUUUGCAGGGAAUGGGAGUCAUGGCCUCGUCUAGAACAUGUUGACGUAGUCAAAUGCAAUCUCCUCAGAAAGCCGCCUCUCACUAUCCAAAAUGUAAAUGCGGUGACUUUGCAUUUGGGUGAAUAAAUUUGAAACUGAGAAAUGAAAUAGGUGGAACCAACUACCCAAUGGAGUUGAAGAUGGCAACAUCAAGUCACACAUGGUACAGUAAUAUUUCAAACCAACCGGAGAUUGGAGCAAAUCAAAUGGAGGUGAUCUAUUUGGUACUGCUCCAAAAAGAGAUUAGACACUUAUCAAGUAUCAUAUGAGCACAACAAACUGCAUUUUGCAGAUUUUUUUGUCAUGCUGAAACAGGUAAUUUUGUGGAUGUUAUUUAUCGAGGACCCAUGUUCUAACAGAAUUCCAGGGCUUUUUUUUUGGUCACACAGCUGGAUAUAGAGGUUUAGUAAGUUUGAUUGGGGUGUUUAUAGUUAUGAGUUCCACAAGUCAUCGUCCGUGGUCACGAGUCUUCCACAAAUCAUUGUACAGAUUGAAGGCUAUAUUAUAAACAUGCACGUGAUCCCUGAUUAUUCUGAAAGGAAAAUACUCUUUUCUCAA